AUGUAUGAUAAACAGCAAGCAUGUGAAUUGAUUGUACGACAUGUAAAUCUCUAUGGACGUGUCACAUGUCUUCAAAUGGCGCUUGCUGCAGAUGAUAAGAAAUUUUUAUAUGAAGAUGCUUGUCAAGCUGUGUUAACGAAUAUUUGAUUGAAAAAAACCGGUAUUGAUUAUACGAAUGAUUAUGGCAAAAGUGAAACAGUAUUUCGACAUUUUCUCCAUUUUCACAAUCGACCCAUAGUCAAAUAUUUCUAUACUUGUUUUGGCUAUGCCCUCUUCCUGCUCUGCUUCAGUUAUUAUAUGCUCUACGCAUUUGAUCCACUUUCAAACGGAACUCUGAGAAUUCAUUGGACCGAAAUAUUAACUAUCAUUACAGUGACUACUAUGCUCGUAGAAGAAGUUCGACAGUUUUUCUUUCAAGAUAAUAAAUCGUUGAUAGGCAAGAUAUAUGCUUAUUUUGACUUACGUAAUCGAGCAUCUAAUCUGUGUCUGGUUCUACCCGCAUAUGUUCUCUUCUAUAUCGGACUUGUGCUUCGUUUUACACGGACAGAUCCCGAUGAUUUUGAAUCGGCGAGAAUAGUGAUGGCUUAUGAUUUGGAAUUGUGGUUUAUUCGUUCUGUUCUAUUCAUUGAAAUUGCUUCACAGCUUGGUCCCAAGCUUGCAAUGAUUCGGAAAAUGGUAAGUAUGUAAUACGAGGGUUAAUGUGUAUUCUACCAUUUCGUUUACAGACAAACGACCUCUUGUUAUUCGUAUUCAUCAUUGUCGUUUUCAUUUUCGGCUAUGGAAUCACAUCAAGAGCUAUGAUAGCUUAUCGGACCUUCGAUUUUGAUGGUCAGGAUUUUUUUCGCAAUGUGGUUUAUCCAGCUUAUUAUUUCGUUCUUGGCAGAUUUGAUGAUGAACUUUCGCAGUUAGAUGGUAAGGAUGUCGUAUGAACAAA